AUGGGCGGGGCGAGGGGAGGUAGGGUGAGGGAGGGGAGGGGAGGGUAGUAGGGGCAUUUGAGGUGGGGACAUAAAUUGAGGAGGAAGAGGAGGCUUACAACACUCAUCGUCGCCUCAGGAAAAGUGAUUUGUCACUGAGUUGCUGUAUACCAACAGGUUAAUAAUAGGCAGAAGUGAACAGCGAGCACACAUAGACAGACUUGGUGGACAUCAACAGUGAUAACCGAUUCCAUACAACAGGUAUUAUCAGACUGAGGAUCUAAGGUAAGGAUUGCUAUGAUUUUUGCUAUUUGGUAUAAUGGGUUAAAAAGUUAGCUCUUGGAAAGGAUUUUAGCAUUUCCUUUAGGUUUGAUGCUUUGUAUGAAGUAUACAUUAAACCCAUAGACAGCUACAUUUAUUGGUUCCAUUGUAUGGUGAAUGAGUGGUGGCAGUACCAGUAUAUAUUUUGGAGUUAGACGUUUUUAAAACAUCCUAACAUUACACUGUUAACGUGCCUUUCUAAGUGGAAUCUUGAGAAGAAAUUACCACAACAAUUGCCAAUGAGAAACUGAUCUUUGAAACCCACUGUGAACUUUACUGUAUAUCUUAUUUUAUUUUAAUUUUAAAAAAAAUUAGGGGGUAGAUCAGCUUUAAUAUUGCAGAUAGAUUGUAACUUCCAUCAAUGUAAUUGUCUGCAUCACUUCCAAUCCCCCAUAUAUUUUUUUCGCUAAUAUAUAUGUACAUACAUACAUACAUACAUACAUACAUACAUACAUACAUACAUAUACACAUACAUAUACAUACAUAUAUAUACACAUCCUUCUUUUUUAAUAUAGUUUCCUUAAUUACUUUCCAACCCCACCACCCCUCCCCUAAUUGGAGUAAACUAGUGAACAACAACGCUUAGGCCUCUACUUCCAGCAUAUACAUACUAUAUACAUUUUAUGGACAGUCAAUUUUACAAUAGUUCUAUUUUGUCUGUUUUUACUCCUGAACUUCCUCUACCCUCAACCUCUCCGAUCAUUUUCAUGAUGUCCAUCCGGUUUGCUUCUAUAUGCCAUAUCUUUCAAACUGUGCUCUUUCACAAAAGUUCUCAACCUAUAACCUAUUUUUAUUUAUUUUUAUUUCACCUUUAUUUAACCAGGUAAGCCAGUUGAGAACAAGUUCUCAUUUACAACUGCGACCUGGCCAAGAUAAAGCAAAGCAGUGCGAUAAAAACAACACAGAGUUACAUAUGGGGUAAAACAAAACAUAAACAUGUAUAUACUUAUUAUGGACACAGUAUGUUUUACAUGAGUUAUCUUGUUGUUAUUAGUUGUUAUUAGUCCCAACCCCCAACCCCUCCCAUCUAUCUCUUAACACUUAAUAUUGGAUUUCUAUUUGCCAUAUAUUUUUUAACUGGACUGUGAUGUUUCACAAAAGUUCUGAACCGUUCUAUUCUCAUUGUUACUACAGAUUGUAAAUUUAAAAAAUAAACAUUUUUGCUAAAAGUAUUAUUAUAUUAUUGAUCAAUUGAUCACCCAGUAGUGCUAUCUGCAUUCCUGGACCUGUGACCAAAAACAAGCUACAAAUGGACAGUACCAAAAUAAAUUAUCUAAUGAUUCUGUCUCUUCGCAGCAAAAUCUGCAGAGCUGGGAAGAUUGUAUUCCCCAUAUAAAUAACAUUCUAUUGGUAGCAAGAAUUUUGUAUAAUAAUUUAAAUUGAAAAAUUCAAGUUUUGAAUCCGGCUUCGUUUUACGUAUCAGUUCAUAAACCACUUGCCAUCGAAUCGGUACGUCAAAAAUCUCUUCCUAACUAUUUUGCAAUCUAUAUGGGACUGCUGUCAAUCCUUUGGUCCUUAAAUGAAACUGGUAUACUUUUUUAUUUAUCACAAUUUUCUUUAACCAAUGAUGGUCUAUGAACUUUACUGUAUUUGUUUGUGGAGAUUUUUUUCCCUGUGUAUAAAUAUGAUUAAUGUAUUGGAUUAAAUAUUUAUCGUGCAUAAAAUGAAGUUAUGAGCUGCACACAAAAAAACUUUAAGGCUUGUUGUUGCUUUUUGCUGUUUGCCUCUCCAAUCGUGCCUCUUCACUAAGAUUUGAAUAAUUACCCUCAUUUGCCUGGCAGAUCAGACGCCGCCGUCACACUUUUGACACCAAUGUAGCGACCAUGUAGCAGUAGGUACGGCCACAGGGGAUGUUCAACCCCCGGUUGUCUAACCCCAAGGCAAGCAGACAGACGGUUGCCUCCCACAAGGUAUCCAAUGCUACUGUUGCCCAGUGGUGUAAAGUACUUAAGUAAAAAUACUUUAAAGUACUACUUAAGUCGUUUUUAUGGGGUAUCUGUACUUUUCUGUUGAUAUUUUUGACAACUUUUACUUUUACUUCACUACAUUCCUAAAGAAAAUAAUGUACUUUUUACUCCAUACAAUUUCCCUGACACCCAAAAGUACUAGUUACAUUUUGACAGGAAAAUGGUCCAAUUCACACACUUAUCAAGACAACAUCCCUUGUCAUCCCUACUGUCUCUGAUGUGGUGGACUCACUAAACACAAAUGCUUCGCUUGUAAAUGAUGUCUGAGUGUUGGAGUGUGCCCCUGGCUAUCCGUCAAUAAAAUUUAAAAAAAGAAGGCAUUUGAAAUGGUUUAUGCUUUUACUUUUGAUACUUAAGUACAUUUUAUCAAUUACAUUUACUUUUGAUACUUAAGUAUAUUUACUUUACUUUUACUCAAGUAGUAUUUUACUGGGUGACUUUCACUUUUACUUGAGUCAUUUUCUAUUAAAGUAUGACAAUUUAGUACUUUUUCCACCACUGCUGUUGCCUAGGGUCAGGUUUACGAGACUAAGGCAAGCAUGUAGUUCCAAGUGAAUUAAUUCCCUUGAGAGCUCUAGGGUCUUCACAGUAUUCUCCCCCCUCUCUAUCACUUUCUCUCGUUCCCGAGGCAUGAAUAAUGAUCCCCCAUCCCUCCCUUUCUUUCCUUGUGAAAGGUGUGCAAGCCUGACAGGUGUCUCAUGCUCUCUUUCCCACACCCUCCCGCUCCUUACAUCUCUCCAUCCCUCUCUCUCCAGCUCCAGUGAUGGUGAGUGUGGCUAGGCUGGUGUUGAUGCUGGGGCUGCUGCUGUGUCUGGGAGCCCAGCUGUCCUCCUCCCAGCACUGGUCCCAUGGCUGGUACCCAGGAGGCAAGAGGGAACUGGACUCAUUUACCACCUCUGAGGUGGGUCACAAUACUACAAUCGCAAUGACUCAAAUAGAUAUUACAUCUGCGUAAAACACACAGUAGCCAUUUGUGUCACAAUCAUUCUAUUAUCUCUCUCUCUCAGAUUUCAGAGGAGAUUAAACUCUGUGAGGCAGGAGAAUGCAGCUACCUGAGACCACAGCGAAGGAACAUCCUUAAGAACAUUCUUGUGAGUGCAGGGGCGCCCUUACGAAAAAAAGUCAAAGUGAAGUAUAACUGCAGUUAGAGUGCAGUAUAACUGCAGUAUGCAGCAAAUACUACGUCCAAAAUAACACCAUUUUUUUACUGCAGUAAUUUUGCAGUGUAACUGCAGUUAGAGUGCAGUUAUUCUGUAUCCAAAAUACCACAGUUGACUGCAGUUACUGCACUUUUACAGCAGUUUCAAAACGGCAAGCUAUUUUUGUAAGGGCGGGAAGGCAGUAGUACAGUAAUGUAAUGAUAAUGUAUCAGGUGGCAUUCAUAUAGGCCAGGGAAUUUGAAUCCUUAUUCAAUGUGUCAGAGAGGCAUGUUUAUUGUACAUAAUGUAUUUCUAUCUGAACGUUCCAUAAUAAUAUGUUUCGUUGUCACAUACAGCGAAAUGUGUUGUUUUACAGGGUCAGCCAUAGUAGUAUGGCACCCCUGGAGCAAAUUAGGGCUAAGUGCCUUGUUCAAGGACACAUGGACAUCUUUUUCACCUUGACUGGUCGGGUAUUUGAACCAGUGACCUUUCAGUUACUGGCCCAAUGCUCCAACCGCUGGACUACCUGCCACCCUUUAAUGUUGUGCCCUACUGAAUGCCUGUGUCAAAGGAGAAUAAUAAAAGGCCAGUAGUGUGUGA